CGCCGGCUAACCCAUUUAUUCUGUCGCUACCACACGUUUACGUACGCGCCAGCGAUUAAGGUUUUUUUCCUUGCUUUUCCGUCAACUUGCGACCUGAGAGACGACCAAGGAGGAAACAAAAACCAUAGCCGCAAUUUUAACAUCACUGUCGCUAAUAUUAUAAUAUUAUAUUAUCGCCUAGGCGCUGCAAAAUGUUGCGUGCCGCAUGACUUGCAAGCAUCAGCCUUCGCCAGCCUAUUGGUAUAUAAUUCUAGUAACCUACGGAGCGUUUCUCUACACAAAGAUGCCGCCUCGACUCAGUGAGGGGCAGGGGCAACACAUGGAGCUCACAGCUCAAGAGGUCGCAGACCUUAAGGAGGUCUUCGAUAUGAUGGACAGGGACAAGGGCGGAGCCCUAACUAUUGAAGAGGUGAAGGGCCUUAUGGAGCUGCUGGGCAUGAAAGUACGGCAGGAGGAGCUGGAGAGCAUGGUAGCAGAGAUCGACCGUACCGGGGACGGCCAGAUUAAUUUCCAGGAGUUCCUCCAGGUGAUGGCCAAGCCGCAGGACCUGCCGUACAAGAAGGCCGACGUGCUGCGAGCCUUCCGCCUGUUCGCGGACAAGGACGCGCCUCCGGGCUGCAUAUCACCUGAGGCGCUGGAACGGGCACUGGAGCAGUACUGCAGCGGCAAGGUACCGGAGGAGGAGAUCUUGCGACUGGUAAACACGCUGGACCUGAACCAGGAGGGCUACAUUGAUUACGCACGGAAAGUGAACCUCUUUUUAAACAAAUGAGGGUCAAGGAUUAACCAAACCAAAGGGAGGGGAGAGCGGGUAGUAUGUGUGCCCGGGCACAUACUGGUUACGGGCGCCCUGCUGGUACCAUUAUGUAAGGCAUGGCGCUGUGAGGCUGUCCGUGCUGCAAUUGGGGCCUUGCUGUAACGGCUGGUCCGUGUGGACGAUAACUGGGGAUGCCUUGGGCGUGAUGGAUCCCACAAAGCGGUCGCAAGCUCGCGUAAUUAAUAGUCAACCCGAAGGCAGCUCCCAUCAUAUGCGUGCUUGGUGUGUAUGCAUGAAAGCCACGAACUAAAGGAAUUGCAUGGACGGGUGCCGUACGCUCCGGACCCAGGGGUAGCGGUUGUAACUGUAUAUCGUCUAGACGCGAUAGAUGGCUUGUGCGUAUGCAAUGUAACUGUAGUGCUGAGCAGUUGGUCGCUUUUUGGCCUGUGUUGGGCACUUUGAGAUGGGCUGGAGUGCUACGUUUGUUUCCGACAUCGCGGCCACAGCUGGUGCUGGCGAAAAAGCAAUAGCUGGUGCCAAAAUCAAGUGCAGCUGUGGGUUUGAGCGACUGCUGGAGGAGGGCACCGUGCCCAACCCAAGUUCGCGAAGAUGCUUAGGCUGCUGCCCGCCAGCUUGUUGCGAAGCAGCUGGAAUGGACAAUGCAGACCCGUGGGUCAGACCACUGCAACCUGCGACACCUUAUGCUUCCUGCCAUCAACCGCACCAACAGCAUUAGCUGUCACAUGGGAGGCACUAGCGGAAUCCUGGAGGUUGGGACGAUCGACAAUACAAGUACAUGUAGCCCCUCCGUUUCGCAUUUCACCUUUUUUCUUACACGGG